AUGGCCGGCAAAGGCGUCAGAUGCCUCAGCGAGGCCAUGAGAAUCAUGAGGAUAUCUUCGUCAUUAUCGUCAGCCAGGCAACCAAUCAACUGGACAAAACCUCUGGCAUCAUCAGUGUCGAGCCGGACAAUGGCUACUGCUUCCGACCCAACCCCAUUCAAGACCAAGCUGCUCAACGGCGGAGCCGACCAAAGCUCGGCAGCGUCAACGCAACCGAUUUGGACACCCCCAUCGGAAAUUCCAGUGACAAUCUACGACUUUCCGAGCCUCGAGCCCCUGACCCUGGAGGCAUGGCCAACCAAACAUCUUGAUCUCCCCUUUCGUCGCGACCUCCUCCAUCUUGCCGUUACGUACGAGGGCGAUGCAACCAGGCAGGGUACGGCAUCGUCCAAAACGAAGUGGGACGUCCACGGCUCCCACCGUAAAAUGGCUCCUCAGAAGGGCAUGGGUGCUGCCCGUGUAGGUUGGAAGCAGUCGCCCCUGCGUCGCGGAGGAGGCAAGUCCCACGGUCCGCACCCGCGCGACUUCUCCACGCGUAUGAACCACAAGGUCUACGAUCUGGCAUGGCGCACUGCGCUCUCCUACCGCUACCGGCGCGGCGAGCUGUUUGUGGUCCGUGACGGAAGCCUCGACAUGCCGCUGCCCGUAGACUUCCUGGCCCUGGCCGCCGAGGGCAGGCUCGGCCGCGAGCUUGAGGACGGUUUCGUCGACCGCAUCGUUCGCGAAACCCUCAACCCUUUAGGGUGGGGCAAGGAGGGUGGGCGCUCGACGUUUGUGGUGGCCUGCGACAAGGCAGCCCGGCCCAACCUGUUUUCCAGCCUCGACAUCGCCCAGAAGGAGGCGCGUGCUCUUGAGGUCGACGACGUCGACGUCAAGGACAUCCUGGAGACGGGUCGGAUCGUGAUCGAGCGGCGUGCUCUGAAACGGCUCAUCAGGGAGCACCAGAGUGAUCUAGUGAGCCGCAUCGUCAUCAACGGCUCCAGGGUCACAGGACCGCUAGCCGGGGCUACCAGGACCUUGGUUGAAUGA